UCCUGCUAAUUUUCCAUUCCUAUAGUGGCGGGUAAUCCUCGCGAUAGCUUUGAAGCCGCGCCGGCCCACCGUAUCAUUACUAGUAUUUCAUCGGUAGCUCAAAUUCCUGCAGUGCGUUAUCGCGAAUGAGCCUGGGUACGGAGUCAAGCUUUGUCCAGCUCUUGCCAUGAGCUAUCCUUGGAAAUGGAGCCUUGAUAUGGUCGCCGUAUCGAAUAAGCCUGGCCUCGCAGGCACCCGAGUAUGAGCGAUACAGCGGGGAGCUUGGUCGUCGUCGCCGCGGCGUGGGUCCUUGCAGCGCUCGCGCACAUGGACGUUCGUCACAAAGUUACUGAUAAGAGACGAUCAUGCUUGCCCCUAGCACCUUUGAUCCCUUUCACUUCUGUCCAUCAUGUCUGCGACUGCUGGUGCACCCAAGACCUUGGAGGAACUCAAGGAUAUUUUGAAGGAUGAUAUCAAAGUCAAGGUUGCUGGAAUCGACGUUGAUGGCGUCCUUCGUGGCAAGUUCAUGAGCAAAGAUAAAUUUAUCAGUGCAGCAUCGUCGGACGGAUUUGGCUUUUGCAGCGUCAUAUUUGGCUGGGACAUACAUGACACUGUCUAUUCACGAGAACUACUCGUAUCAAACAAGGCAAAUGGCUACCGGGACAUCCUAGCACGUAUCGAUCUCUCCACCUACCGUCGCAUUCCCUGGGAAGAUAAUGUGCCCUUCUUCUUGGUGUCCUUCUUGGAUCCCGAUACCAAAGAACCACUCGUGGUUGACCCAAGGGGUAUCUUGAAGAUCACGACUGAACGGGCGGCUUCACUAGGCUUCGAAUGUUUUGCUGGCGUAGAAUAUGAGGUUAGCCGUUCCUCCAUUCGUGGAUAUGAACUGACGUACGUUCCUAUCAAAACGCCGGGGUCAUUAUCAGAGAAGAAGUACCACAAUUUGAAACCGCUGACACCAGGAAUGCACGGGUACUCUCUUCUGCGUACUCAACUGAACAACGAUUACUUUCACGACAUUUUCAAUUUGGGCGCCCAAUUUGGCGUCGACAUUGAAGGACAUCACACCGAAACCGGUCCUGGCGUCCUGGAGACAGCCUUGGCUUACACUACUGCUCUUCGAAUGGCCGAUAACGCUAUACUAUUCAAGUACCUAACGAAAAGUAUCGGUAUGCAGCGAGGUGUCAUUCCAAGUUUCAUGGCCAAACCUUGGAACAAUCUUCCAGGUUGUAGUGGUCAUAUUCAUGUGUCUCUGCGAAACAACCAGGGUCAAAAUAUAUUCGCACUUCCCCGAUCAGAGGCUGCCGUAGGACGUGAAGGAGCUGCUUUCGAAGAUACCAAGUUCAUAAGCGAGGCAGCUGAGCAAUUCCUGGCCGGUGUUCUUGACGGCGUUGCUGACGUGCUAUUGCUUUUCUUACUUCCAAUACAGUUGGUCCCUACCAUCAACGGCUACAAGCGCCUUGUAGGCGGCGAAGCAUUCUGGGCUCCAAACGCCGUUACAUACGGCUACGAUUCCCGCGCUGCGUCCAUCCGUAUCCUCUCGCCGCCUUCAGUCCCUCCAGCGGCGACGAGGUUCGAAGUUCGUAUACCCGGAGCGGACAUGAAUCCAUACUUCGCCUUGAGUGCAGUCUUCCUCCUCGGUCUAAGAGGUAUCGAGAAGAAACUCAAGCUCACAAUACCACCUAUCAGUCAUUUUACGCCUGAGGACAAGAAGAACGGGAAGGUGAAGAUGCUUCCAAUAUCACUUGAGGCAGCCACGAUCCGGAUGAUGAAGCCAGAAAGCAUCGCCAGAGAGCUAGAAAUGCUUGGCGAUGUGUUCGUUGAACACUAUGGUGGAACGCGAGAACAUGAAGUCAAGUUGUGGAACGAGGCUGUUACCGAUUGGGAGGUGGAACGCUAUAUUGAGCUGGCAUAA